GAAUGGAAAUUAAUGGCGUUUUCUGCAAAUAUUCUCCUUCAGAACAAAACCCUAAUUCCUCUGGAUUUCCAAGUUUUGAAGCUUCGCAACCCUAAAUUCAUCAUCAAUUCUGCAAUUUUCUCUCCGCAGCUUCAUCUUCGUCUUCAGACCAAGAAACGAAUUUUGGCCUCUGCAUCCACGUCAAACGUUGCCAGUGACUUCCAAGUUCAGGAAAAUAAAUCGGCUACAAUCAGCAGUAACUGGGAAGUUUUUGCUGGAAAUGUAUCUGGUGAAUGGGAUGGUCACGGGGCAGACUUCACUAGUGAAGGAAAACCAAUAGAACUUCCUGAAUCUGUGGUACCUGAAGCUUUUAGGGAAUGGGAAGUUCAGGUGUUUGAUUGGCAGACACAGUGUCCUACACUCGCAAACUCAGAAGAACGCAUUCUUGCGUACAAUUUGAUUAAGCUACUUCCAACUGUAGGCUGUGAAGCUGAUGCAGCAACUCGGUAUAGCAUUGAUGAGAGGAAUAUAGGGGGCACAGAUAACCAGGUUUCUGGUUUUGCCUAUCACCCAAGUGGAUGUUAUGUAGCUCUAUGGCCCUUGGAAGAUCAUGGUUCUUACAGAUUGUUGGAAUUGGAGCAUUGCUUGGUUGAUCCUCGAAAUAGGGAAUCACGUGUGAGGAUAAUUCAGGUUGUACGUACAGACAAUACAGGGUCAUCGUUGCAAAACAUCAGGGUCUUCAGUGAACAAUGGUAUGGACCUUUCAGAAAUGGGGAACAACUCGGUGGAUGUGCUCUUCGUGAUUCUGGGUUUGCUUCUACAGAAGCACUGAAAAUCUCGGAAGUUGGUGGUGUAUGGGAGGGUUCUGUUGCUGUCGCCAGCUUCCUAGCAGCUCAGAUGAAUAUUUUCCAAGAACUUGUAGCUGACAAGCCACAAAAGUCGGUAAGAGAUCCACAAGGUCUAAUAUUGCUUCCAAAGCAAUUGUGGUGUUCACUUAAAGAAAGAGAAAAUGGUGAUAUUUAUGGAGAAGUGGGAUGGUUGUUAGAUACUGGGAUCUCUAUCACAUCGAAAUGUGUUGUCUCAAACGACAGGAAGUUGAAGGAGAUAGCAAUAGCAAAUGAAACCACAGUUUCGGAGAAGAAAUAGCUGUUAGCUUCAAAUUCAUUUCAGUACACUCCCACUUGAAGCCUUCAACUCUCUGUUAAUAAUUUAUCAGUUUAAAGAAAAGAUAAUUUGUUGAUG